CCGGGAAUAGACAGUCCGCCCUGAGCCAUCGCUCAUCGCUAACAUACACUAACAUCAUUUUGCUACUAGUAAAGUAGUAUUUUAAAGUGCCUUUAAGUUUAUAUAUUAAAGAAAUUUAAUAUUUUAGUAUAAAUUUUAGUAAUAUUUAAAUAAACGAAUUCAGUCUUAAUUUCCAAAUUUUGUGUUCUUUUAUGAAGAUUUGUGUUCAAACGUGCUCAAUUCCUAGAUAUGUAAGAAAUAGUUGAUAAAAUAUAGUGCCAGCGGUAAAAUUGUGGUUGUGAAGUACGGUUUGUGACUUAUUUGUACGAUUGAUAUUGAAUAGAAGUGAUUUGGCUCAGUGCUCGGAGGUUGUGUUCUUGGUGUCGGCGCCGGCGCCGUGCAGAGUUUACAGUGCGUCUAUAUGUGCGAUGCGAUGCGCGACAAACUUGCGUCGCUGAUUCGGGCUUCGGUGCGUGCGCAGACGCAUUCUGAAAACGCAGACAAGUUGCACAAUGGCGCCAUUACACCUGUACUGGUAUUUCCUGAUGAAGGGGGCGCACGCGAAGGCGGAUUGGUGUGGCGCGGGUGCGCCGCCAACUGCGACGCCGAAGACGGCGCGGCGGGAACACUCUCCGACGGCAACGCCAACCCAGGAGACAAGGUACAGUUGGAGGGGUCGGACGCAGCUCAGGACGACCCUGUUCACCUCAAGAGACGGGUGGGACUCUUCAGUGGGGUGGCUCUAAUCGUCGGCACUAUGAUUGGUUCUGGAAUAUUCGUGUCGCCCUCUGGGCUUUUGGAGCGCACAGGCUCAGUGGGCAUAAGCUUCAUCAUAUGGAUGUCGUGUGGCCUGCUCUCACUGCUUGGAGCGCUCGCAUAUGCGGAGUUAGGAACGAUGAAUACGUCCUCUGGAGCGGAGUACGCGUAUUUUAUGGACGCCUUCGGAGGACCCCCUGCAUUUCUGUUUUCAUGGGUAUCUACACUAGUGCUGAAGCCUUCCCAGAUGGCCAUCAUCUGUCUGAGCUUCGCGAAGUACGCCGUGGAACCGUUUGUGUCGGAGUGCGAGCCGCCCCACGCGCUCGUCAAACUGGUGGCCGUCAUCUCUAUUGUAAUGAUACUGGCGGUCAACUGCUACAGUGUGAAUUUAGCGACGAAUGUCCAAAACAUCUUUACUGCGGCCAAAUUGGUAGCGAUUGCGAUAAUCGUCUGCGGGGGAGCUUACAAGUUAGCAUUAGGUAAUACGCGACAUUUACAGGAGCCCAACUUCGCCAGUAGCACGGCGACGCUGGGCAACAUCGCCACAGCCUUCUACACCGGCCUCUGGGCCUACGACGGCUGGAAUAACCUUAACUAUGUCACCGAGGAAAUUAAAAACCCCUCCAGGAACCUCCCUCUGAGUAUAAUAAUCGGCAUCCCCCUGGUGACGCUAUGCUACGCGCUCGUGAACGUGUCGUAUUUGGCGGUCAUGUCGGUCAGCGAGAUGGCCGACAGCGAGGCCGUGGCCGUCACCUUUGGCAACCGCCUCCUUGGCCCAAUGGCUUGGCUGAUGCCCCUGGCAGUCACUAUAUCUACCUUUGGAUCGGCGAACGGGACUCUGUUUGUUGCGGGCAGGUUAUGCUUCGCCGCGUCUCGCGAAGGACAUUUGUUGGAUAUCUUGUCGUAUGUCCACGUCCGUCGUUUUACACCUGCUCCAGGGCUGAUAUUCCAUUCCCUGAUAGCGGUGGCGAUGGUGCUGUACGGCACAAUCGACUCGCUGAUCGAUUUCUUCUCGUUCACGGCGUGGAUCUUCUACGGCGGCGCCAUGCUCGCACUCAUCGUCAUGCGCUACACGAAGCCCCUCGCGCCUAGGCCCUAUAAGGUGCCAAUAAUAAUCCCGUACGCGGUGCUGCUGGUGUCGGCGUACCUGGUAGUUGCGCCAAUCAUCGACAAGCCGCAGUGGGAGUACCUGUACGCGGGCGGCUUCAUCCUAGGCGGCCUGCUGGUCUACGUGCCCUUCGUCAAGUGGGGCUACGAGCUGCCUUUCAUGGAUAAAAUAACAGUAUUUUUGCAAAUGGUGUUGGAGGUUGUGCCAACGUCUACGACUUUCGAAUACUAAGUCCGCGCUGGACUUUAAAAAAGCAUUUGGUAAUACUUGAGUAUUUUAGGCUCUGGUUAAUGUUCGAGCUUUCAAGAGCUUAGGAAUCAGAUGGC